AUCUGAUGCAGAGCCAUAUCUGCUGCGACCUCUCGCGCACACGCACGCACAUGGCCUUCGGGUGCGCGCACAAUUGGAGAGGAGAACAGCACGACACUGACGUCAGAAAAGAGUGUCAAUCACUUUGUCAUGUCAUGUCCACCUGCUUAUAAGUGAGGAAUCUAUCGGAGGAUCAGUCACAUCCAGGACAUACCGGUGCGGCGCUCAUCCAAAAACCAGCAGCCAUGCCUCACUCCUUGUUGCCCCUGUGCGUCCUGGGACUCCUCGCCCUCUCAUCCGCCUGUUACAUCCAGAACUGCCCCCGAGGUGGGAAACGAGCGCUGCCGGAGACUGGGAUCAGACAGUGCAUGCCUUGUGGCCCCGGAGACAGGGGCCGCUGUUUCGGCCCCAGUAUCUGCUGCGGGGAAGGCCUCGGCUGUCUGCUGGGCUCCCCGGAAACGGUUCACUGCGUGGAGGAGAACUACCUGCUCACCGCCUGCCAGGCAGGAGGGAGACCCUGUGGAUCUGAGGGAGGACGCUGCGCUGCUUCAGGGCUCUGCUGUAACUCAGAGAGCUGUGCGGUAGACCCUAACUGCUCGGGGGAGACCGAGGCCUCAGUUCCAGCCCACGGCUCUGCAGGGAGCUCGCCAGCUGAGCUGCUGCUACGCCUGUUCCAUGUGGCCACCAGAGGAUAGACUGAGCACUGACACUGUUACCUGCUUCUCAGGGCCGGAUUCGCAACAGAAUAAAGAUAAUCCUUGUUCCACUACAAGCCUAAAGGUGUAAACCUUGAACCAAUAAAAUGCCAAGACAAA